GCAAACAAUAUCAAGACCGACCGAAACGGCAACAAAACCAAAACAGUCUGAAACGUUUUCAAGGCAAACAGGAAAGCAAACAGGAAAGGAAACAGGAAAACCAACAGGAAAGAAUACGUAAAGGAGAUAAGGGAGGAGGGGACGGAAAAGGCGGUAAAAAUGGAAGUCGUAUUAGUCGUCUUUUAAACUUUCUUGAUAAGGCAGGGGUUGUUUUUGAAACGGCGGGUGAGAUGUUGUCUGCCGCUGGUGCUAUUUUAGGUGGUACAUUUGGUUCAAUGUUUGGUGGUCUUCUUGGCGGUAAUGAUGACAAUAAGAAUGAUGGAGAUGACG